AAGUAAAAGGGCAGUUGCUGGGCUCUGAGGAGCAACUGCCACAACUGACUUGUGGUGGAGCAGCAGGGUGAGAGGCCACCACUGCUGCUGCUCCUGCUCCCAAGGGAGCGCCUGCCUCCCAGGAGGCUGGGCUCUGGUAACAGGAUGACAGAGGAUGGUGAUGGAGGAUAAGGAAAGAGAAGGGAGGAAGAUGGAGAAAUGGACCAAAAGGAGGAAAUGAUGCUGAUGAAUGGAAAAGUAAAUGAGAGCAGUUAGCAGCCCACACGAUGCCCACCGCAGUGUCCACUCUGCUCCAGUCCCUAGGCAGUUGGAGGAUCUCUAUGGUUGCUUGCUGACCGGCUCUGACACUAGGUGCCUAUCUUGGCCCUUGUGUCCAUUUCCACUUGAGAUAUUGGUCACCCAGUGACAGGUGAGACAGCACUGGACAUGGAAGACCUGGAUGCUCUGCUCACAUUGGAACGAGAGGAGAUCAUUGCCCGAUAUGAUCAGGGACCACAAGCUGGGACACCGGUGGACCCUGGGGACGAUGCAGACCUGUUGAUUUAUAGAGCGGUUGAUCAGCUGGGUUUCCUUCAUGGGAAGGAAUUGCCUGACCUCAGCACUCAGGAGAUCAAGCACAAUCUCCAGACUGCUAAGAGGGCAGACAAGUGGGUGAAGAUGUUAAAGCAAUGGAACAAAUACUGCAACAGCUCCAAGAUGCAUCGCCGGGUCUACAAGGGGAUGCCCCCACAAGUGCGGGGUCGUGUUUGGUCUCUCUUGCUGGGGUUGGACCAAGUGAAGGUGGAGAACAAGGGAGAAUAUGAGCAUCUGAAGGAGCUGGGCAAGGUGCUCUCCCCCUACAUUAAAGAGAUCGAUCUGGACGUGAGCCUCACCUUCAGAAGGCACAUCAUGUCCAGGGAGCGCUACAGCAUCAAGCAGCAGGCCCUCUUCCACAUCCUGGUGACAUAUUCCAUCUACAACCCGGAGGUAGGCCACUGCCAGCACCUGAGUCAGAUUGUGGCAGUGCUCCUCAUGUAUCUGGAGGAAGAAGAUGCAUUCUGGGCUCUGGAUGAGCUGAUGACUAAUGAUGCCCAUGCCAUGCACGGUUUCUUUAGCACUGGGUGCCCCAAACUGGGCCGGUUCCUGGUACACCACGACUACACCAUCGGACAAACGCUCCCCAGACUGAAACAUCACAUGGACCAGGAGCAGCUGUUCAGUCAGACCUAUUGUGCCCAGUGGUUCCUGGAGUGUUUCCUCCACCGGGUGGCUCCUCACUGCUGCUGUCCCCAGACACCCUUCCCACUGACACUGAGGAUAUGGGAUGCCUUCAUCCUUGAUGGGGAGCGAGUGCUGACCAGCAUGGCCUACACCAUGCUGAAGGUACAUGAGAAACAGCUGCUCAGGCUGCCCCGGGAGGGCAUGCAGGACUUCCUGCACAAUACCCUGGCCCAGCCCUGGGGCCUGCCGGAUGACCAAGUCCUCAGGCACCUUCAGGUCUCCAUGUCCUACCUCAGGAGGCUGGACUUGGACCUACCCCCACCAGCUGUACCUGAGGCGUGGCCUGUGAUACCCUUGCAGCAAACAUCUGUAGUGCCCAGCGCUGCAAGGCUCUGCCCAGGGCGCCAACUCUACAGAUCAGAACCCUCAUUUCCUGUGACCCCUGAGGUCAUGAACAGGUCACCAGAGACUGUGGCCUUCUUUGCAGACCUCAAUGCCUCCUACCCAUCUGCUCUGGCCUGGCUCAUAGGACUGCCCCAGGCCUGCCACAACAUGGGGUUUCUGAAGCCCCAUCCUUCCUGGUCUUCUGGGCAGCAGGCUUCCAGGCCCAGGACUCCCCUCCUGCCCCGUGGUACCUGCAGUCCCUGCCCCACCCAGGGCGGUGAGCCUCCCUAAAGAGAAGGGGCCAGGGCAACUCUGCUACAAUGCAGGUCUGAGGCGCACCUGGUCUCCUGGUGCCCGAGCCUGCCACCUCGAGCCACCUCUGUCAGCUGAGGGGGCCUAGCUUGGGUGGCAGCAGCCAGACUUGGCUACCUGAGUAGCCACCAGGCCACAAGUGUCUGGACCAUGUCCGGCCUACUCUGAAAAUCCACACUUCUACUCUCACUCUCGGCCUCAAAUAAAUGUUUUGGGCUCACAAUACAAGACUGGUCUGUUCCUAAGCACUCUGAUGCUCUGAAGGAGGCACUUGACACCUCAGAGGCAGAGGCAGUCACUGCCUGCUGAGCUGCCCACACCACGACCUCCCUACCCCAGUUCAGCCUGUGCUCACUGGGCCAGGCUGGGCAGAGAGCAGAGGAGAAGGGGUGCAGCUGGCCAGUUUUAUACAAAUCCAGGUGGUAAAACAGAGGCCUCUGGGCCUCCCUGGUGGCACAGGCCAUUGAGCACCACACUGUGAAGCUGUCCAAAGCCUCUGCAGCAUGGGUUCGAUCCCAGCUGGCCAGGGAGAAACCCACAUGUUAUAGCAGACCUCUCCUGUCUCACCCGCUGCUCCCCUCAGCAGUGUAUUUCAGUCAAUCUGUCUGUUCUGUUCCCCACUCUUUCUCUGGUGAAUCCUCUCACCCUUCUGCACAUCUGGCCUAUA